AAAAAGAACAAGUCUCACAAUACAAAAGAACAUCAUGUGCUCUGUUCUUCCCUGUUUAGUUUUCGCGAUUUUUUUUGUUGUUCGCUCCUUUUUGCGGGUAUUUAUAUGUCUGGGCUUCAUAAUUUUGAAUUCAAAAAGUGUGAAUAGGAGAGAGAAAGCUUACAUUUGUGGAUAAAUUUUUUUUAGAGAGAGAAACUGAUGGAAAAUUCUCAAAUAUUCCAUGAUUUCUCUGUUUCAACAUCAAUUUCGAAUGAUUCUUCUUCUUGUCAUCUGAAUUCUUCAGCUGAAAAUCAGAGUUACGAAGAUAUAUUAAAUAAUGCAGUUAAUAAUUCAGAACAAAAUGAUGCUAAUGAGGAUCCAGAAUCCUAUGUGGUUGUUGGCCAAGAUUUUGAAGAACCAGUUUCAUUAGAGGGAAGUGUAGUUAAGGAUGAUGAUGAGGCGUAUGAGUUAUACAACAGUCAUGCAUUUAGGAAUGGUUUUGGUACUAGGAAGGGUAAAAAGGAGUAUAGAAGUGGUACUAGAAUAGUUCGACAACGGUUUUUUGUUUGUGCAUACGAGGGGUUUAAAAAUCCAGAUGGUGUUGUGCCUAAAUCCUUUAAAACAAUUGAUAGGAGAACUGGAUGCAAGGCUUCAGUUCAGUUUGAUGUUGAUAAGAAAACUGGAGUGUAUGUUCUUUCUAAACAUUCCCGUCUGCAUAACCAUUCAAUGGUUCCUGCUAAUAAGAGACACCUUAUUAGGUCACAUAGGCACAUUUCAAAAGAACAAUUGGCUUUUCUUACUACUUUUACUUGUAGUGGCACGAAGCUUGCUGAUGUUUUUAGAGCUAUGAGGAAAGAAGUUGGUGGUGAGGCGAAUUUAGGCUUCAUUGUUCCUGACGCGUAUGAUGCUGUUUUGGCAGAGAAGAAGAAAAAGUUGGAUGGUUGUGAUUCAAAUCAGUUGAUCAGAUGGUUCGCUAUGAGGCAAGCUAAAGAACAUGAUUUUUAUUAUGAUUUUCAAUUGAAUGAAGAGAAUCAGUUGAUCAAUUUUUUUUGGAGAGAUGGAAGAAUGCGGUCUGAUUAUGAAGCUUUUGGUGAUUUAUUGAUUCAUGAUACAACUUAUCGUACUAAUAAAUACGAUAUGAUUUGUGGGCCUUUUGUUGGAAUGAAUCUUCACACUCAAAAUAUCUUGUUUGGAGUGGGUUUUAUAUUGAAUGAGAAGGCAGGUACUUUUGACUGGCUUUUUAAUUCUUUUUUGACUUCAAUGGGAGGGAAGCAACCUGUGACUAUCAUGACUGAUCAAUCUUCUGCCAUGGACAAGGCUAUAAGGUAAAGUUCUUU